GGGAGGGAGAGGAAUGGGGAUAAAAUUCUCCGAAUGGGAAAAGCUUUUUCACCCAAAAGCCGGGAGGCUCCGGCCCCGCACUUGGCAGGGAGGGGGUUAUUAUGGGCUGGCGGGGCAGUGAGUCACACUCAGGGGCAGGUUGUGGGCAGGUCGUGGGCAGGUCCUGAGCUGGGAGUUUCCUUCCUCCCUGAGUGCAACUUGCGAUUCUCUCGCCCAGAGCCCAGACAGGAGCCGCAGCCGAAGGCACAAGAACCCAACACAGAACCAGCCAAGAUGGUGGCCCCCUCUGAGCUAGAACACUCCAUGGAGAAACUCAUGCUGACUUUCCACAAGUUUGCCGGAGAGAAGAACUACUUGAACCGGGACGACCUGCAGAAGCUCAUGGAGUGCGAGUUCUCCGAGUUCCUGAAGAAACAAAACGACCCCAUGACUGUGGACAAAAUCAUGAAGGAUCUGGACGAGUGCCGCAAUGGGAAAGUGAUCUUCCGCAGCUACUGCUCCCUGAUAGCCGGCCUCCUCAUCGCCUGCAACGAGUAUUACGUGAAAAACAUGAAAAGGAGGUGAAAGAGGCCAGAGAGCACGACGCUUUGGUGCCACCAAACUUGCCAUAGCACCACCCCCCGCGCAGCCAAUAUCCAAUCAGCUCAGCAGCCACUCCCACCGUCAUGUGACCAAAUCCACCAUAAACCCCCAACCUUGUGUUUCUUUUAUUUACCUUCCAGUUUCCUCCUUAUUUUCUCAAUUCCAGAUUCCCCCCCCCCCCAUGGGGAAUAAAAGUGUUCUGUCUCGUCAUCAUUAAAGGGAUAUGGUCCUAUAACUCCG